AUGUCACCAAUCCGUGGCGCGAUGGUGAUUUGGAAUCCGGUGCACGAAUACGCUCAUGGUAUUUCUACAAGAUUAACUGGUGGACCCGGAAAUAGUAAUUGUCUUGGAUGGGAUGAAGCCGGUGGUAUGGGUGAAGGGUGGGGGGAUUUCUUUGCUACCAUAUUUCGAAUGAAUUCAACGUUCGAUCGCACCAAGGAUUUUGGCAUGGGCGAGUGGGCAAACGGUGAAGGGAUAAGAAAAUAUCUUUAUUCAACUUCCCUAAAGACCAAUCCUUCAACCUAUUCAUACUUGGACAAGCCAGGUUAUUGGGGCGUUCAUGCUAAAGGAGAAGUCUGGGCCGAAAUUCUAUAUGAAGUAUACUGGAACCUUGUAGACAAACAUGGUUUUACCGCUAACUGGUUCCCACCGACUGACAACCACCCUGCGUCUUUGGCUGAAUGGUACUUCUCUGAAUACGUUAAGACGCCAAGACAUGGUAACACUCUUGCCUUACAGUUGAUUGUAGACGGGAUGAAAUUACAACCGUGCAGACCAACAUUCAUUGACGCCAGGGAUGCAAUCAUUCAAGCCGAUGAAUUAUUAACAAACGGCGAUAAUUUAUGUGAUAUUUGGCAAGCAUUCGCUAAGAGAGGGCUUGGAAUAGAUGCUAAGAUUAUCGGGGGUGGUCCAUGGGGAGGUGGUACUCGAGUAGAAAGUUUUAGCGUUCCUGAAGAUUGUUUUUAUUUCAAGUGCUUAUAUAACUCCACAAUGAUUAAAACGCUUUCGAAGCUUUUGAAUUUCCUUGAACAUACGCGAAGAUGGGUGGCACUGGUAGCUUCGAUAGUGCUCGUUUAUGCUAGAGAUAUUCACGUAGCGUACAUAAUUGCUGGCGGUAUUGUAAUGGGUUUCAUUGCAAAGGUAUUAAAGUAUAUCAUCCGUCAACCGCGACCCAAAGAUAAAUCUUACGGAAUGCCAUCUUCACAUUCAGCAAUUACGAUUUACUAUGCAUUGUCAAUUUCUUUUCAAUUAUUCUCGUCACCUCUGCCUUACCUUAUAAAUUUACUAUUAAGCACGAUAGCUUUGGGGAUUGCAAUAUCCGUUGUAUGGUCGAGAAUUGCGUUGGGUUAUCAUACACACAUGCAGGUGAUAGUAGGAGUGUCCAUGGGCUUUGCUUUUGCAUUGACGUGGAAUGCUUGGUGGAACGAGUUAAAUCCUACAUUUAUAAAAUUGAAUUUGAAUGGAAAGUUGGGAUGGAAUGAGCUGAAGACUUUGAUGAAGUUAUCUGAAAGAUUUAUAGAGAACGGCUUCCGUUUCGAUAUUAUCAUGGAAAGUUAA